AUGACUGUGAUCGAAGGGAAGGAGGGUAUAAGCGUGAUCGAUCCCCUUACCUCUGCAGAGUGUGCAAAGGCUGCACUAGACCUGUAUUGCAAGAAUCGCGGCAGCAGACCCGUGCUAGGCAUGCUCUACACGCACUGUCACGCGGGUCAUUUUGGCGGUGCUGGGGGAAUCUUAUCCCGAAGCGAGGCAGCUAGAAAUGAAUAA